UCUUAUCAAAAAAAAACUGCGGUUAGUUUCCUUUCUUUUUUUAAAUUGAAAUGAGAAACAUUUACCUGUGAAUUCUUUACAUCUCUUAUCAAAUGAAAAUGGAUGACAGGUUUGCUAGAUGUAGGGGGACGGCCAUGUUCUACAGCCAAUCACUACCAUUUCCACUUUGUCAACCUUGAUCACAUCGUGACUACAUUUUCCAUUCGGGUGGAAGACUUCAGUCGUGCAAGACGAAAGGAGCUGCACCACAAUGAUCUCUGGACUGGCUGCUUUGGUUCUACUCGGUACAGUGUACCUGAUUCAGACUGCAGAGGUUUCUCAACAGAUGUCUUUGACUGAGGCUGAAGUUGGUAGAAAUGUUACUCUUCACUGUCCAGUUUCUGGGAGGGGUGACAGUUAUUUUUACUGGUACAAGCAGUCUCCUGGACAAAUGGUCCAAACAGUUGCUUCUGGAUUUUAUGGCAAAUUAACAGUCAGUGAACAAUUUUCACGGUUCACAGCAACAAAAGAGUAUAAUCUGUAUUUUCUUACCAUCAUAAAUAUCAGCAAAGAGGAUGAAGCAACAUACUUCUGUCAGACUGGGGAUAGGUAUUUAGAGAGUUUUGUCAGUGUCACCUUCUUGGCUGUGAACGAUGGUAAUCAUCAGAAAUCUUUCUACGUGAAACAGAGUCCAGAGACUGAGAUGGUCCAGCAGGGCGACCCAGUGACUCUCCAGUGUUCUCUUCUCUCCAAGAACAAAGAAAACACAGACCAGUGUCCAGCUGAACACAGUGUGUACUGGUUCAGAUCUGGACCAGGAGCAUCUCAUCCAGGCCUCCUUUACACCCACAGUGAUGAACAAGAGGAAAGAAGUUGUGUCCACAGUCUGUCCAAAACUAUCCAGAACUCCUCUGAUACUGGGACUUACUACUGCGCUGUGGUCACAUGUGGACAGAUCCUGGUUGGUGAAGGAACUAGAGUGGAGACAAGAUCAGAACUGGAUCCAGUUGUCCUGGUUCUUGGAGUCCUGUUGGCCUGCUGUCUGACUGUGAUUGCCGUCCUUACAUAUAUUUUGUAUCGAAGGAGCAACCACUGCAAAGGAGCACUGAGUUCUUCCCAUCAGAUUGGACACGACGGGUCAACUGUGGAUCAAUCAAAUGAUCUGGAUGGUGAAGAAAAUGCAGCAAACUAUGCAGCACUGAGUUUCUCUACAAGGAAAGAAAAACGAGGGAAGAAGAGAGAGACGCCACCAGAGUGUGUUUACUCUGCUGUUAGAGCAGAUAACCACAACCAGCACCUCCCCUCUCUAUAGACAGACCAGGGCCUGUGUGUAACUGCUCCGUUGUUUCUUGUGGGGUUUUU